UCAAUAUUUCACAUUUGAACUUAUAACAGACUUUGCUGAAAUGGGAAGCAGGAAUUCUUUCCUAGUUUGGCUUCUUCUUGUAGGGCUCACCUGUAGCUGCCUAGUUGUUACCUGCCAUGGCACGUCCCAGCAAGAUCGAAAGGUGUAUAUUGUAUACAUGGGGGACCGUCCAAAGGCUGAAUUUUCUCCAUCAGCACUUCAUCUCACUAUGUUAAAACAAGUUGUUGGCAGUGGGGCACAAGAUUAUUUACUCCACAGCUACCACAGGAGCUUCAAUGGUUUUGUUGCUAAGCUAACCGAAGAGGAGAAGCAGAAAAUGGCUGGGAUGAAAGGUGUAGUGUCUGUGUUCCCUAAUCAAAAGAACAAACUCCUGACAACAAGGUCCUGGGACUUCAUGGGCUUCCCCAUGAAUGUUACCAGAUCAACUACUGAAAGCGACAUAAUCAUUGGAAUGCUUGACACUGGAAUUUGGCCAGAGUCUGAAAGUUUUAAUGAUGAAGGAUUUGGUCCACCUCCAGUAAAAUGGAAGGGCAUUUGCCAAGAACCCUCCAAUUUCACCUGCAACAACAAAGUAAUUGGUGCUCGAUAUUACCACAGCCAAGGGAAAGUAGAUCCUGGAGAAAUCCCUUCCCCUCGAGAUUCAGAAGGCCAUGGAACUCAUACUGCAUCGACAGCAGCAGGGCACGUAGUAAGCAAGGCGAGCCUACUAGGCCUUGGAUCAGGCACUGCUCGAGGAGGCGUUCCUUCUGCUCGAAUUGCUGUGUACAAGAUAUGUUGGUUUAUUGGCUGUUGGGAUGCUGACAUUCUUGCUGCAUUUGAUGAUGCUAUUGCUGACGGAGUUGAUAUAAUAUCUCUAUCAGCUGGAGGGUGGCCUAGAGACUAUUUUGAGGAUGCAAUCGCAAUUGGAGCUUUCCAUGCAAUGAAGAAUGGGAUACUCACAUCCAAUGCUGCUGGUAAUGAAGGCCCUUCUAGGAAAUCAGUGUCAAAUUGCUCUCCUUGGUCUCUUUCUGUUGCUGCUAGCACCAUUGACAGAAAGUUUGUCACCCAGGUGAAAUUAGGCAAUGGAGCAAUUUAUGAGGGAGUUUCCGUGAAUACUUUUGACCUUGGAAAUUUCACGUAUCCAAUCAUCCGUGGUGGGGGCAAAUCAGACGGGUACUGCAGCAUAGACACCUUGAACACGACUUCUGCUAGAGGGAAAAUAGUUGUUUGUGAUGGUUUCAGUGAAGAAGAUGCAGUGUCUUUUGGUGUAGCUGGAGUAGUAACGGAAAAUGAUAAUAUCAAAGAUGCGGCCUCCACUUACGCUUUACCAGAGUCAUCAAUAAGCUAUAGCAAUGGAACAGAUAUCGUGAAGUACUUGAACUCGACUAGGAAACCAACUGCUACAAUAUUGAAGAGUAUUGAGUAUAAGGAUAAAUUAGCCCCAUACGUAGUCUCAUUUUCCUCGAGGGGACCUAAUCCAAUAACAAGUGACAUUCUCAAGCCAGACCUUACAGCCCCUGGAGCGGACAUUUUAGCAGCAUGGUCAGAAGCUACUACUGUGACAGGAGUACCAGGGGACAAAAGGGUAGUUGCAUACAACAUAGUCUCUGGUACAUCCAUGUCUUGCCCUCAUGCAUCUGGUGCAGCUGCUUAUGUCAAGUCAUUUCACCCAAAAUGGUCUCCUGCUGCCAUCAAGUCUGCUAUAAUGACAACAGCUUAUCCCAUGAGUGCUGCUGCUAAUAAAGAGGCAGAGUUUGCUUACGGAUCAGGUCAUAUAAAUCCUGUAAAGGCCAUUGACCCUGGAUUGUUAUAUGAUGCCGAAGAGAUUGAUUAUGUCAAAUUUUUGUGCGGACAGGGGUACAAUGCUACCCAACUUAAGCUUGUAACAGGGGACAACAGUGCAUGUUCUGAAAAAACAAAUGGAACAGUGUGGGAUCUAAACUACCCUUCUUUCGCUCUAUCUACCCUAUAUGGGAAAUCUGUAACUCGCGUCUUUCACAGAACUGUCACAAAUGUUGGGUCGUCGUCAUCUAGUUACAAGGCAAUUAUAAAAGCUCCAUCAGCUCUUAGUAUCAAAGUUGAACCAAGUGUUCUUUCUUUCAAGUCUCUUAGAGAAAAGCAAUCCUUUGUUGUGACCGUUGAAGUUACCCCAAGUGAAUCUGCAAACUCCUACUCUGGUGCUUUGAUUUGGGAUGAUGGGGUGCAUCAAGUGAGAAGUCCCAUUAUAGGAUUUGUUACCAAUCCUAAGAAAUAGUUUGGAAUUUGCAAUUUGAUUACUUUUU